GUCAUUUAUGUUCUGACAUAUUGGAUUUAUAAAGUCCGCUAUCUUUUAGGCUAAAAAAUUUGGUGAAAAAUAAUUCGAUUUGAAACAUAUGUAUAUGUAAUUUCGAAAUAAAUAAUUAUAGAACACAGAGGAUAUAUAAAUCAAAUAAUUGGAUGAUAAACAACACGUAAACCUGCAAAAAGUCUUGGAAAAUUUUAACCAUACAGGCGAAAUUCUAAAUAUAAAAAGUGUGCCUGCGGGGUCAAUAAUCACAUAUUUUCAGUAGCUAAAAAAAGAAUCAACUUAAAUUUAAAGAAUGGUCGACGCAGCACGCCAAAUGCUAGACGAAUUGAUGGGUCGCAACAGAAAUUUGCAUCCAUCGGAGGCCCCACGUAAAAUCAGUUGGGAUGAUCCGGACUUCUGUCAAUAUUACGUUGUAAAAUUCUGCCCACAUGAUCUUUUUAUAAAUACUCGCGCCGAUUUGGGUCCAUGCACACAAAUACAUGAUGACGAGGCUAAGCGUUUGUAUGAGGAAGCUCGUCCUUCGCCACGUAAACGUUCGUACGAAGAUGAGUUUUUGCGUUUCUGUAAUAAUAUGUUGAACGAUGUGGAUCGAAAAAUUCAAAAAGGUAAACAGCGCUUACAACUUAUGCAUCGUGAUCAACCCACACCGAUAAUACCGCUGUCAAAAUACCAGGAACAAUUGAACAAUAUUAAUGCACGCAUAAAAAAAUUACUAUCCGAAGCUGAAGAAGCUGGCACACGUGGUGAUGUGGAUCAGGCAAAAGAUUUGAUGGCACUUUGUGAGCAAUUAAAAGACGAGAAAGAAGCAUUAGUUGGACAACACGAACAACAACAGCAGCAACAGCAACAACACCUGCAGACAAAUGGUGCAUUAAAAGACGCCAUAACCACACCGCCUUCAGAGAGUAAUGCCGAAAAGUCGGAUGGUGAAAAAUCGCCAAAAAGUGAAGAAGGUAGCGCAAGUGGCAGUGAUAAGAAAAUAUUACCCUGGAUGCAAGAUCUCGGCACACUGCCCGAAAAGCAAAUGGAAGUUUGCGAAAUCUGUGGAGCUUUUCUAAUUGUUGGCGAUGCUCAGCAGCGCAUAGAGGACCAUUUGAUGGGCAAACAACAUUUGGGUUAUUCGCGUUUGCGCAAAGCCGUAGAGGAAAUACAUGAAAGGCGUCAAAAGGAUCGCGAAGAGGAGGAACGCAAGCGACGCGACGAACGUGAACACCGCAGCAUGCAUCGCAACUCCUACAGUCAUCACAACGAACGCAGACGUGAGCAUCAUGAUCAUCGUGAUCGUGAUCGCGAGCGUGAACGUGAGCGGGAGCGAGAGCGAGAGCGUGAUUACCGGGGGCAUUCACGUGAGCACAGCAGCCGGCAUUCGGCCGAUAGACAUCGACAUCACCACAAGUCAUCGCACCGUAGACGCUCCCAUUCGCGCAGCAGCCAUCGACGCAACAGCAGGGAUCGCCAUAGCCAUAGCCGUAGCCGCAGUCGCAGUCGCUAUUAAUUACGUGCGUACUUACAUAUGUAAUACGCGGCGGAUCGAGGUACUCUCUCUCUCCAAACAAACAAAACUUAAUAAAAUCUUAAAAAAAUCUAGCCUAAAAACCUAAAAUGAAUAUACUCAAAUCGUAAAAUAAGGUGAGUGAAAAAUAUGAUUUUAACAUGCAUAACUAUUUUAGUACACAUUUUAUAUAUAUGUAUGUAUUUAUGUGCAUAUACUGUCAUACGUAUAUUUUUGAAUUAUCAAAAUGACAUUUUCAAAGGCAAAAGCGUAAAAAGCCGGUUUUCAUAAGCAAAAACGAGAGAUUAUAUCUCGCAAUCUUGAGAAAAUAUUAUUUUUGAUGGUAUAUUUAGGUUGCUGUUUCGUCUAGGCUGGGUUGGAAAUUUUCUCAAACACCUCCUUAGGGUAUGUAGUGUUAGGCGACAGAAAUUUUUAGCCAAAAAAACUUAUUAGCUGGCGCAUGCUCACGCAUAAGAAGACGAAAGCUUAUGCUAUGCUGUCUCUAUUUUAGAGUCUUAAGCCGAUUUUUUGAACUGUAUAGAAAAUUUAUGGAGAAUCUUCGUGAAAGAGCAGAUAUAGUCUUUUUAGUUUUGCUAAGUAUUUUUACUUUUCAAUAAGAUAAAUUUUAAUGUAAUAUUUUUUAAUUGCCAGGCUAAACGGCAGUUGUUGCAGUGUUUUAAUUCAACUGCUUGCUCUGAGAUUCACUUGAUACAACACUUCUGCUGGCUUGCUAGGAUUGAAAAUCUGCUACUCAGUGUCAGCAUUAUUUUGAGGUACAUUAAUUGCAAGAAAAAAAAUCUUUAAUAAGAAAUGAAGCUUAUUCCUUACCUAAUUGCAAGGUUGUUGUUUUUAAUUUUUGAGUUUUUGUUUCAAAUUUUCAUAGCGUGAAUUCACUAAACAGUAAAUGUGACUCAAAUAGACAUAACUCUAAGCGAACGUGUGACACGCAUAUCCUCCUGUACCCAGUUGGGACUAAAUGACCAGUCCGUUCCCCUCAAACAAGGUACUUUUUAACUAUUUUUUCUCUGCAUUUUUCUGAUAUAAAGUUAAAAGCCAAAAAAACAAAAAAACACAAGUAGCGGAAAGAAGUUUUUUAUUACAAAAAAAAAAUGAAAUUAAUACUCGUAUUUUUCGGUACUUUAUAUUCUGGAAGUCAACAGCUGAAGUUUACCAUACGCCAAUACCAUAUUGUUUUUGUAGAUUUUAAGUGAAACGCGUACGCACGCACGCACUCAUACCAUUUAGACAAAAUGAACAAACGUACGCCAAAAUCCGUUACCACGCUCAGUAAACUGCUGCGCACACAUUCACACCCAUAUUCGAGUAGGACAAAAAAUAAAAAGAGAGAUUUUGUGUGUUGGGAAGUUGUAAGAAAAAGAGAGAGAGAGUUAAAUGGUGGAAGUGAAGGGAUUGAAGUUGAUGUGUGAUUUAUAGUGGAAAACUCAGUUUUUUCAUACCCGCUUUACAAAGGUAACAAAAUUAUUUAUGUAAUAACUACGGUUAACUUAUAUUUUUCUUCUUCGUAUAAUUUUUUAAAUAUGUAGUCAUUAAGUUAUAACAUAUAGUUCUUUUUUCAUACCAUAAGAUAAUAAUUUAUUUGUAAAUGCAAAAAAAAAAUAAAGAGAAUUAUUAUUAGAUGUAUGAUGCUUACAAAGUAAUUGUUAAAUUUUACGCGGCACAAAAAUAAAAUCCAUUUCAAUACAUUUGUCAUGAAAGUUUUUUAACAAAUUCGAUUUCGAUUCGAUUCGAUUUCACAAGUCGCUACAACUUUUAAAGCGAAAAUUCGCACAGCGAUCAGAAAAACGAUUUCUAACAUAUUCAUCGCAAUUACUGCAAAGGAACACAUGCUCGGCUAAAUAAACGACUUACAAAAAAAAAAAAAUUAAAUGAAUAACAAUUAUUCGCUCUGGAAAAAUU